AUGGUUGGUGCAUUUCAUGGUCAUGCUCAUAACCAAAGGUGCCAACUAGAUUGGCACCCUAUGUACAUUGAAGGGACUGGACUGACCGAGGGUGAGAGAUGUGAACAUAUAUUUUCAUCUUCAAACAAUCUUGCAUGGAGUACCAGACAUGUGUCUACAUUUCAUCGCCAUCAAAUGAUUGAGGAGCAUUUCACCUUCUGGGACCAGGAUAAAUAUGUGGCAUUAAGCAUCUUUUUACGAAAUCAUUACAGAGAAGUGCUAACCCUCAUACACAAACUCUCCACUGAAGUGUCAGCUGUUAAACAAGCUCUCAACCUGACUGACACCAACUUUGCUCAGUUCCAUACUGAUGAAAGAUCCUACCUCGAAUCUCUGAAAGAGCAGCCUCUCAAUGACAGACUUCAAAUUCACUAUGUCCAGGUGCUGAUGUGUGUCCCUGUUGGUGACUUAAAUCAAAUUAAUGCCACUCUAAGUCAAGCCCAAAUUCAUGUCAACACCACUUACGCUAAGCUCCAGCACACUGAAACUUUCACUGCCCAUAUUGAGGGUUGGCUUAGAAUUGAAGAGUGGUGGACAAUUGGAGGCAAUGAAUAUAACAAGUACAGGGAUAAAGCAUUGCUCCAGAAGUAUUGUGUGGCUCUUGAUGAGUUAGAACAUCUUGUUGUCAUGCACUUAUUCGAGCUAUCCAAGCUCUCACUUUCAUUGAUAGGUAAGUAA